UUGCUUCCCUUCGCCCCAGAGUCCCGGAGUCGCUGCCGCCUAUUCUACCCGCACCGCGCUCGCUGCCGCCUCCUCCUUCCCAACAUGACAGACGCCGCCGUGUCCUUCGCCAAGGACUUCCUGGCAGGGGGGGUGGCCGCCGCCAUCUCCAAGACCGCCGUGGCGCCCAUCGAGCGGGUUAAACUGCUGCUGCAGGUGCAACAUGCCAGCAAGCAAAUCACCGCUGACAAGCAAUAUAAGGGCAUCAUGGACUGCGUGGUCCGUAUCCCCAAAGAACAGGGUGUGCUGUCCUUCUGGCGUGGGAACCUAGCCAAUGUCAUCAGAUACUUCCCCACCCAGGCCCUCAACUUUGCCUUCAAAGAUAAAUACAAGCAGAUCUUCCUGGGAGGGGUGGACAAGAGGACCCAGUUCUGGCGCUACUUUGCCGGCAAUCUGGCAUCAGGUGGUGCAGCUGGGGCCACGUCCCUGUGCUUCGUGUACCCUCUCGAUUUUGCCCGUACCCGUCUAGCUGCUGAUGUGGGCAAAGCUGGAGCUGAGCGAGAAUUCAAAGGCCUUGGCGACUGCCUGGUUAAAAUCUACAAAUCGGAUGGGCUUAAGGGCUUGUACCAGGGCUUUAACGUGUCUGUGCAAGGAAUUAUCAUCUACCGGGCUGCCUACUUUGGUAUCUAUGACACGGCCAAGGGAAUGCUCCCGGACCCCAAGAACACGCACAUCUUUGUCAGCUGGAUGAUCGCUCAGUCAGUCACAGCCGUGGCCGGCCUGACUUCCUACCCAUUUGAUACUGUCCGACGUCGAAUGAUGAUGCAGUCAGGGCGCAAAGGAACUGACAUCAUGUACACAGGCACAAUCGACUGCUGGAAGAAGAUUGCUCGUGAUGAAGGAUCCAAAGCUUUCUUCAAGGGGGCCUGGUCCAAUGUUCUCAGGGGCAUGGGGGGUGCUUUUGUGCUUGUCUUGUACGAUGAAAUCAAGAAAUUCACAUAAGUCAUUUCAUAGAUUCCCCACCACCGGCUCUAUGAACAGGCAUGCUGUAUUAUAGAACACAUCUCAGCCUUUCUCAACAGACUGCUAGCUGUAUUUAUCAUUGGCAACUCUUCACUGGUUGAAAAUGGGAAGCAAUAAUAUUUACCUGGCCAGUCUUCUUAAAGCCAUGCUGAUGAUGAUGAUGGGACUCAGUUCUGUUUUUUUAUUUCAGUCACUCCUGGUAACACAUUUGAAGAAAUAAAAAGAAAAUAUCUGAAUUAUAA